CCCUCGAAAUCAUAAAAAGACAUGUUAGAAUGACCUUGGUCAGACUACGGACUGCAUGUUUUAAAUUGCGUAGGCAAAAGCACGCGCUCAAUAGUUGCCUCACAAAGUGUGGGCGCCAGAGGGAAAGAGAGUAUCUGCGGCUCAGUGUUGGCGGGGCCGUUUCUGCCAAUAUCUUCUCCAUCUGCUCUGUUUCACAUUUGACAAUCGCUGACGGAUCGAACAGGAAUUUGUCGCGAGCUCUAUUUUCCCCCACUCGACUUCAACCAUAUGAAUUACUCGCGACGCGUCGCUAUUUGGUUACUCGCGUUAUCUGUCCAGUUUAUUCAGGCAUGUGUGUAUUGCGGUACGUUGGAGAUGAUAUCCGUUUGGCUCCUCUUUUUAAAGCUGCUGAGAGCCACAGCUGGUGUGAGACAGUCAAAUGGAAAUGAACCAAAUGAAGGCCAAAGCAGCUCUGUAAAUCAGCAACAACAAGAGCAGGAAUACCUCUCUGAGGCGGUAACCAUGGAGACCAGCCAGCUUUCAGAAAUGGCUGAUAUAACAAACUGUAAAAUGGAUCCCGGGUGUACAGACGACCAGAAAUGCCAGUUUAGUGAGCAGGAGGAGGAGAAAGAAUGUUUUGACACAUAUUUCUCAGAGGGCCUGGAUACCACAAAGAGCAACUCGGAAGAAGACAUGGACGGGCAAGAAAGCAAAGGCAUAGAUGAAUGUGAGGGCUCAGGUGAAUCUGAUGAGAGCAUAGACUCACAAGAAGGCAUUUCGGUCAAGGUCAGAGAAGAAGAGCAGUCAGAUUGUAGAGAAUCAUUGGCCUCUGAGAUUUACGAUAGCUCUCAUCUAAAUGACCAACCGGAGGAAGAAACAGAAGUUAACAUUUGUGAGAAUGUGCAGGAGGAACAACACAGUGAACCCCAAGAAGAGGUGGAUGUACAUGAAUCAGUGUUGGAGGAGCAAAUGAACGAGCUUACGAUUUCUGAAGUCCCAGAUGAAUCAUGUCAGGAUACGGAACGGGAUGCCCUCAGCGAUUGUGUGCAUGUUGAGAUGGCUAUUAUUUCAUCAGACAGCGAUGUGGAGGAGCCAUGGGGAUCCACAGCUCCAUCAACUGUUGACAAAGAAGAAACUGAAGAAGAUUGUGAUCUGUUGGGAGUAGCUGAACCGGAUUUAAACCCAGAAGACCAAGCGAGACAGGAGGACAAUCUAGUGACCGAAAGCACUGCUGAAAGUGAAGAUACAGUCAUGGACAUAACCAUCAGUGAAAGUAAUAUUUUAGAGCAACCCGACUAUCCCACCGAAUGCGAGCUUCAAGAUAUUUCAUUAAAUUCCUCUGCCCAUCACUGCAGUCUAACCAAGAUUCCAGAGGAUGAAGGAGAGCUUGAAAAGAGCACAAUGCACAACCUCCAGCGCCUGUCUUGUUCAACGUCAGAACUAGACAAAAAGUUGCCACAAGACUUCUGCGUGGUUCAGGAAAUAAAAAGCGAGAAUGUCAGCACGGAGCACUUGGAUUUCAGGGUGGCUCGCAGGCAAUGGCAAAAGAUAGAGGAGCAAACCAAGGGUCAGGUGCACAGGCCAAUGGUGAGACACGGGUCUUGCCAGAGCGGUCACAGCUUCAUGUACACACCCGUACGCAACAUCGACCGCCCAAGAAAAGACCACGACACAGACAGUCUCGGCCUGGGUGAUUACCAGUACACUCAGUUUAGCCCCUGUUCUGAGGACUCUGGUUUGGACGACACAAGCUAUAGGUCCCCUUACGAUGAGCCGGAGAAUCCAGUGGAGAGGGAGAUCCGUGACGCACUGGAGAGAGAAGAGAAUUUCAGACACGAGAGAGCAAAGGCAAAGGCCUCUGCCGGCACCAGGCCUGGCGCUCUUCCGCACAGCAGAUCAGAACCCGGAGAAAGAGGAAGGAUGUUCAACACGCCAGAGGACAGAUGCAGGUCCCAGAGAUCUUCUAGUGCGAGAACUCAUUCGUCUGUAAGAAGCCCCACAUACCAUGAAAUGACAGCCAAUAACGUCAUAAUAUUCGAACCGGAUUCCUACCCCACAAGCCCACGGAAUAGAGGGAAGGGUGGUCUGCUCUCUCCAGGGAUGAGCGGUUUCCAAGAAUGGCCUUCAGACACAAACAACGUCAUUAUUCUGGAGACGUCGAAUCUCAUCAUCCGAAGUGCCUCAGAAUUCUGUCUGAGCACUGCGUGCCAGGAGACACAAGAAAGCACGUUCCAUAAUAAUCCCUUCUUUAAACUCCGCUCCCAUAGCACGCAGUCUCUGGUGGACCAGGAGAUCAAGAUAGUUAAGCAAAGAGAAGAGGAGCUUAGGAGGCAGAGGGCACAAUUAAAUGCAAAGGAGAGAUAUGACACAGUCCUUGUGUCCCCCAGCCAGCUGCAGAAUUUCACAUAUGAGAGACCAGGAGAGGCACCAGUGAAAUCUAAGUCAUCCCCCUCAUCCCCAUCAAAGACACGCAAAAUGGACCGGUCCACUUUGUCAUGUGACAACAAGUUUUACAGGUGAAACUUUCUCCUUCAGCUCCCUGAGUCACCUUUCCCUCGAGUGAGACGGAAAAGUGCCCUGGUCCAGAGGUGGGAAGCAGGUAUCUUUGCCAAUCAUCAGCAACAAGACUGAAUGAUUUGACUAAAAAUUAAGACUCCAUAACAGUGUAAGCAUGUAGAGGUAUAGAAAGUACAACAUUUACUAUAAUAAACCUGAAAUUUAUUAGCGUGAGUAUUAAAAAUAUUCAUAUAUGUAGCCAUUGCAAAGCUAACCUUUUUACAAUUUAGAUGUGAAAAGUAUUUUCAUUCUGAAUUUUAUCCUGGAUAAACUUUUAUAUUAUUGCACAUGAAGCACAAUUUAUAAUAAAAUUGCACUAUGUACAAAAGAGCCAUAAAUUGAGAACAUUAUUCCUAUACAUGCAUUAAAAAGUGAAGAUUAUGGACCAAUGAUUUCUUGAUCAUUAAAAUAUUUUUAUUGCUUUAACUAUAAAAGAAUUAACUAUUAAAAAGAAAUACCAUCUUUGAUUUCAUCUGAUCAAAAGUGCAAUUUAAGACAGGCAAUAGAAUUAUACAGAAUGUUUAACAUAAUAGUGUUUGGAUGUACUGUAAUUAUUGGAGUAUAUUUUGGAUGUAGCUCCCAGAAGUGUUACAAGAUGAGUAGCUGGUUUCAUAACUAUUGUGAGCAUUUUAUCUUUUUUUUUUUGCUUUGACUGCCUGCUAAAAAUGUGAACAUUUAUUCCUGUGUGAAAAUACUUCAUUUAAAAUGUUUGAAUUUCACUUUAUAAUAUUCAUGUUGCAUGUUUUUUUUGUUGUUGUUGCAGUAUGCCAAUGCAAAAUACUGUUAAAGCAUUUAAAUAAAACUUUAAAUUGAAAUUCAA